CUCCCGCCCCCGGGACGCGCGCCUAUAACGUAACUUCCGGGUUAUCAGAGGCCCACGUUUACUCGCGUAGGAACGUACCCCAGCCGGCUACUGGGAGGCGCGGCGAGGGCUACGGGGGAGGAGGCGGGGCCAAGGCGAGGGGCGGGCCAGGGCCUGGCCCAGUCAGCUCUUGAGGGCGGGAGCCGGAAGUGCUGCACGAGUUCUCGGCUUAAGGCGGAGUUUUGGACGCGUCGGAGCUGCAGUCGGCCUGGAUGCGGGGCUGGCCCCUCUGGAUACAGGCCCUUCCUUCCAGGACCCUGGUGCAGUUCCGAGCUUUGACGCCAGGGGGCAAUCCCGGCUUUUUUAGGCUCUUCCCUAAGCGUGCGGCGGAGACCAGCCUCAGCCGCAAAGCCAAUCGCUAGCUCCUUUCAUGCCCAGGCUUCGCUCCCGCAGACGGAUCGCUCAGCCUCGGUGUCCAGCUCCCUCUCCGACCUCUCCAAACAGGCCGCAGCCCUGGGUCUUCAGGAGAACCUGCCGUUCCUCAAUGUUAAUUGCUGCUUGUAUCCUACCUUCACAAGGCAAAGGCAGUUCUGGCCUCUCUUCUCCCACAUUUAGGGGCCCACCAGCUUUCAGGAAGUGACAGAGCUGGUGACCUGGCCAACGGAAGCCAAGAACUACCUAACCUGCCUCUAACCCGCUCCGUACUGGCUCCUCGGUGUGGGGAGAGACAGAAGGGGAGGCAGAAAAGACCAAGCACAGCUAAGGGGUGCCGGACUGCUUCAUUCACUCGCUCAGAAUAGCACUGAGCACUUACUUUGAGCCUAGACUUGGGCUGGGUGCUGUGGUCACAGGGAUAAGUACAAUAUCGUCCCUGAAGGUCGUAAACCAGCAGGGACAGUGGAGCAGUAAACAGAUACUUAAUGCUAGGAAAGGGAUGGAUGGAUUUGUUCGGAAGCUCACUCCUUCCACAGCUGAGUGCACACUCUCUGCCAGGCACUGUUCCAGGCUCUGGGGCGGCACGACAGAGAACAAAACGGACCAAAGUCUCAGCCUUCGUGAGGUUUACCCAGGGACAUGGCCACAGCGCUGUGGGAGCACAGAGGGGCAAAUACCUGCAAAGCCUGGCAGGAACGAGGGGCAAGUGACCUGGAAGGCCGGUGGGGAGUCCAAAGCGACCGAACGUGGAGUGUGACUCCGUUUCAGUUUCCCUCUUCCAGCCGCCUAGGCCACCCGGACGGAGUCUGUUCCCUUCUGCGGCCCACGGACUCUACCUUGUUAAAGUGGAAGCCUAUUGGCCACGGUCACCACCCUCCUGGGUUUAACAGGUAGCCUGUGUGUAAUGACUAAAAGCGCCCCCUUUUCUCUGAAAAGCGUCCAGGUUUGCACCGUAUAUUGUGUGGUCCCGCCAUUCUUGCUGAACUUCCCUGCCAGGCGCAGAGGAUUGAACUAACCAGCCUCCACGGAGAGUUUUCUGGACCUGGAGUGCCCCUGGCCUGGGACCGGGCAACAACUUAGGCCGUCCAAAGUAACUUUCUACGGCUCUCGGGUCCCACUUCUCCCGCCCAGAACUUGCAGGAGCAAUGCCGCUGUCCUAACCAGGGGCGCUGCCUGGCAGGCUCGGUCUGAAAAGGUUUAAUAUGAACAAGCUGCAUUAUGUGUGCUGCAACUUCCUUCUUCCUCCUAACAAGAAAUCCCGGAUAGCUUUCUCUGCCAAGAUACCUAGAUCUGCCUCAUUUUGGCGAUUCUUUGUCCUUGUACCUCCGUGAUCCUCUGAGCGCCAGUUUUCGUUCCGCCUCUUCCUCCCGGCGUUUGUGAUUGCCUGGCCUCAUGGGGUGCACUGCGGCAGGAGGCGGGGCAGGAGGACCGGCGGGUGGGCGGGGUCCGAGGCCGCUCGGGACAUGCAGAUGAGGUGGGCGGGGCCCCCACAUAUACUCUGGGUUAGCGGCGGGCCGGGGUGCCGGGCCUUGGAGGACUCAGUCGGAGGCAGCCUGCGGAACCUGCUUCCCGGAGCACAGCGGAGCCUGGUCCCGGGCUGCCCCCGGAGCGGGCCAUGCCCCCGCGGGAGCUGAGCGAGGCCGAAUCGUCCCCGCUCCGGGCCCCGACCCCCCCCCCGCGGCGGGGCAGCGCGCCCCCGGAGCUGGGCAUCAAGUGCGUGCUGGUGGGCGACGGCGCCGUGGGCAAGAGCAGCCUCAUCGUCAGCUACACCUGCAAUGGGUACCCCGCGCGCUACCGGCCCACAGCGCUGGACACCUUCUCCGUGCAAGUCCUGGUGGAUGGAGCGCCGGUGCGCAUUGAGCUUUGGGACACAGCGGGACAGGAAGAUUUUGACCGCCUUCGCUCCCUCUGCUACCCGGAUACUGAUGUCUUCCUGGCCUGCUUCAGCGUGGUGCAGCCUAGCUCUUUCCAGAACAUCACGGAGAAAUGGCUGCCCGAGAUCCGCACUCACAACCCCCAGGCACCCGUGCUGCUGGUGGGUACCCAGGCCGACCUGAGGGAUGAUGUCAAUGUACUGAUUCAGCUGGACCAGGGGGGCCGGGAGGGCCCUGUGCCCCAACCUCAGGCUCAGGGUCUAGCUGAGAAAAUCCGAGCCUCCUGCUACCUCGAGUGCUCCGCCUUGACACAGAAGAACUUGAAAGAGGUGUUUGACUCGGCUAUUCUCAGUGCCAUUGAACACAAAGCCCGGCUGGAGAAGAAACUGAACGCCAAAGGUGUGCGUACCCUCUCCCGCUGCCGCUGGAAGAAGUUCUUUUGCUUUGUUUGAACAGCCAUGGCAGCUAGGGAGUAGUAGGCAUUAAGACCACAGACUUCUGGAAACUGGGGCCUUUGAGGGGGAUACUGGCAGGGCCAGGCUGCCCCAUGGGACUCAGUUCCAUCCAAACACUGUGAGGACACAGGCCUCUAACUGCCCACUCUAAUAUGCAAGGGGCUCUGAUUUGGAUUUCUGUGGUCAAGGCUCACAGAGAAAUUCCAGCACUUUGAUUUUCGUGGGGUGGUCCUCACAGUGUCAGCCACCUCCAAGCAGUUUGGGAUCCAAUUCCCAGUUUCUUAUCAUGAGCCCUCAGGUUAGCCUGGCUGAAUUAUUAUCCCUGUGGUGGUCCCCCACCUUGGCACAGGGUGGGGAGGAAGAGCCAGGCAUUUUGGAGGGCAGCAGGGUGUCCAGCCCUGAUUCGGAGAGAAGUUUGGGAUGGACUGGGUAAGACAGAGGUCAAGGAGAGACUGAAAGGGAGCAGAAAGUGAGGCCUUGGAGCGUUGGGACAGGAGGCAGGCUGGUGAGGAAGCAAGUCAGAGGGCUAGGUUUGGAAGGAGGAAGAGCAAGGAGAGCAGAAAAGUUGGGCAGCUGAGGAGCAAGGGUGACACCUGGGCUGCCCUCUGCCCCCAGGGCCCAGGAGAGCGGGGCUGGUCCCUGGGAAGAACUGGGACUCAGGGCUCCCUAGGCACUGCCCAAACUGGCUGGGCCAGGAGCAGGGCAGGAAGUGAGAGUCAAGGCCCAGCAAGAGGAGGGGGAGGAGCUGCGACCUAGAGCCUGGAGGAAGAAGGGGUUGGGAUCACCUUUCUCCAAGGCCACAGCCUAGAAGGUAGAGCAGUACAGAGUCUACAAAUAAAGCCUUAAGUUUCUGAA